AUGUCGGUACCAGUUGAAGGUGUGCCUUUCGAAGCGUCUUCACACAACAAGAAGGAUGGGGAUGGUUUGUGGAGGAUGCUGUGGGCGGAUGUCAAGGGCAAGAGAGCGGAGUUUCUUUCCUCCGCCAAGGCCACUGUGGCCAAUCAGUUGACAUUCGCAGGUCUUUUUGCUGCCCUCAUGGGAGCUUUCCUUAUCGCGAGCUAUGUCUCGCUCUCGCCGGAUCCGCUUGAAGAGAUCCUUAAUGUGCUCAAGACACAAACAUGUCUUCUUGAACAAACACAGAACUCGUCACAACAUAAUUGUACAGGUUCAGGUAAUGACAUGGGAUCGUCGUCUGGUGCUACAGGCACUGUGGUUCCCGUCAAUAUUCUUUAG